AUGGAUCCUCGCCGCCAGUACCCGCAGCCACAUGCGCCCUCGCAGCAGCCCUCGCAGCAGCCCUCGCAGCAGUUCGACGAGCACUACUACUACCCGCCCCAGCAGCCCCAGCAGCCCCAGCAACAACAGUACCCGCAACAUCACCAGCUGCACCCGCAGCCACACCUCCAGCAGCUGCACCACCAGCACCACCAACAUCUUGCCCAGCCUUCCAAUCCGCGCUUCUCCUGGCAGAUCCCCUUGACCGACGCCGAAAGACUACCAAUCCACCAGCUCGAUCCCGCCCCUCCAUCUCCGCCCCCGCAGCAAUCACAACCGCAAGCGCGCCCGCGUGCCCAAUCGCCACCCCAGUCGAGUCGCUUCUCCUUCGCACAAACCCCGAUUGAGGUCCAGCAGCCCCAUUUCCAGCAAUAUGCCCACGCACGCCACCCGACCGAGCCCACCAUCCCACACUCGCCCGACUCGAUACACGCUUCGAACCUGAACUCGCCCGCCACCGAGUUUGGCGAUCUGUCGGCCAUCAGCACCGCUGCUCCACAACUACCGGCGCCCCGCAUGUCGCGGCCGCUGUCCAAGGAGAUUGGGGAAGAUUUGGGACCCGAGGGAAGGGUGCCCGAGGAAUACGCCCGGCCGAUGCCGCAGGAGCCGCAUCCCGCCUUCUUCGCGCCGGUCGUGGAUACUUCGCCGAGAGGGAGUAUAGCUGCGCCGAGGCAGCGACAGCAAAGCCUCGCCCAGAGCGUCGCGCAGUCGGACCAUUCGCAACAGCAGCUCCACCAUGGCUAUGACGCGCAGCCGCAGCCGCCAGCAUCACCCGGCCCCAUCCCCAUCAAAACCGAGAGGGAUGACAGCAGGGCUACCGACAACGUCCCAAUAUCACCCAUCUCUCCCACCUCUCCCACCGAGCCGUACAGCCCGCACUCGAACGUUCCGUCGUCGCGGCCGCCCAUAUUUGCGCCAGACAAUCCCAGCGGGCCCAACGGUAUGCUGACCGCGGAGCAUAAACCUGGACAGAUCCCUCACCCGAACAUGGACCUUGAGGCAACUGGCUCGAAGCGCCGGUGGAAGCACUCAAUCUGCGAGUGUAGCGGUGACGUUACGAUCUGCAUGACCGGAGUCUUCUGUCCGUGCGUGGUCUACGGCAAGACGAGCUACCGGCUGGGUUUGAAGAGCGAGAAGAAGGACCCGACCGAAAUGCUGGGCUGGAGCUGGGCCAACACCCAGUGCAGUCUCAUGGCCAUGGCUACGUUUUGUGGCUUGUGCG